AUGAGGUUGGCAGGUCCCCUUCGCAUCGUGGCCCUGGUCAUCACCGUGGCUGUCACCUGGAUCAUAGUCAGCAUCCUCCUCGGUGGCCUUGGCUUUCCUCGGAUCCAGCAACUCUUCACCAGGCCAGGCCCAGGAAUCACGCUGGUUGUCCCCACAGAGCCGCGGGCCAGGAAGUACAAAUGCGGUCUGCCCCAGCCGUGCCCCGAGGAGCACCUGGCCUUCCGUAUGGUCAGUGGCGCUGCCAAUGUCAUUGGACCCAAGAUCUGCCUGGAAGACAGGAUGCUCAUGAGCAGUGUCAAGGACAACGUGGGCCGGGGACUGAACAUCGCCCUGGUGAAUGGGGUAAAUGGAGACCUCAUUGAGGCCCGCGCCUUCGACAUGUGGGCGGGAGAUGUCAACGACCUGCUGAAGUUCAUCCGACCACUUCACGAAGGCACCCUGGUGUUUGUGGCUUCCUACGAUGACCCAGCCACCAAGAUGAAUGAAGAGACCCGGAAGCUUUUCAGUGAUCUGGGCAGCAAGAACGUCAAGGACCUGGCCUUCCGGGACAGCUGGGUGUUUGUGGGGGCCAAGGGUGUGCAGAACAAGAGCCCCUUUGAGCAGCACGUGAAGAAUAGCAAGCACACCAAUAAGUAUGAAGGCUGGCCCGAGGCGCUGGAAAUGGAGGGCUGCAUUCCCAGGAGGCCCGCAGCCAGCUAG